AAAAACUCUAAAACUGCCACAUGUACUCCGAAUUGGCAUUUGUCUUAUACAAAAUUCCUAUUUGAACUCUUCUACUUUCUAUCGAUCAUUAUCUGAGCACAACUAUAUACGCCUGGAUUAAGUGGAGUAAUCAACAUGGCGAGUCAAUCACGACUGUUUCAAUUAAGCGGAACUUGCAAUAAUUAUCCAUGGGGAAAGAAAGGACGCGACUCACUCGCAGCGAGGCUCUGCGAAAAGACACCCGGAACUGACUUCGUUAUAAAUGACGAUGAAUAUUACUCCGAGAUGUGGUUUGGCGACUAUCCGGACUUUCCUGGCAGAGACUUGGAAACCGGCCAAACGCUUGCCGAAAUAUUAAAAGAACACAAAGAAAAACUACUUGGCGCAUACUCGAUUGAGAAUUUCGGGAAUAAUCUUCCAUUUCUUCCAAAGAUCCUCUCGAUAGGCAAAGCUCUGCCACUGCAAAUCCAUCCAAAUAAAUCACUUGCGGCUAAACUUCAUGAGAAAGACCCCGAAAAGUUCUCAGACUCCAAUCACAAGCCAGAAAUUGCGGUGGCACUGUCGCAAUUCGAACUGUUUGCUGGCUGGAGGGAUCUGGGCCAAAUUUCUGCGAUAUUCAAUAUCCCAAGUCUGCGGCGCUUUAUACCUGAAGGAUCACACUCUUGGAAUGAGGAAACUCUUCGAAGCGUUGUACGCGGGAUAUUGAAAGCAGACGAACAAACUGUUCAAAAUAUUGAAGAGGAUUUGAAACGACAGUCUCAGGAGGACAUUGAGAAACUCGGCUACCCAAGCUCCAUGUUUGAGUUGAUUCGGCGCUUGCAAUCCCAAUACUCCGCCACAGAUCCAGGCUUACUGAUUGCCAUCUUGUGCAUGAAUUAUCUUGUCUUGGAGCCCGGUGAAGCAAUCUUUAUCCCGGCUGACGGUGUUCAUUGUUACCUUUCCGGGGACAUUGUGGAGUGCAUGGCUCGUUCUAACAAUAUGCUCAGUGGUGGACUUUGCCCCGUUGCAGAUCGCGACAAUAUUGAUCUCUUUUCUGAGACUCUGAAAAUCGAUUCAAGUACUCGCGUGGAUAAUCUCAGAUUACCAGCAAAUCCAAGCAAGGAUGGGGCCAGUGGGCAUACUCUGGUGUAUCAACCUCCCAUUAGCGAAUUCGACAUGAUCCGAAUUGAGAUGACGGCUGGCACGGAGGAACUCAUUUGGAACCACAAGGGCCCGACUGUAGCCAUCGCGGUUUCUGGGGAGGGUACCAUUCGAGGGGACGGGAAAGAGCUCGCUGUCAAAACCGGGUUUAUCUUUUUCAUUGCGGCAGAAACAGAGACGAUGCUACGGGCUGAUACAGGGAUGCGAAUCUAUGCUGCUGUCAUACGUUAAUUAGAUGCUCCUCGUUAGUGAUAGAAGACAAUAUCUUGUAAAAUGUGGUGUUCAGAAUUCGUCCAACCGUGGCUACACUGCGAGAACAAUGAACGGGGGCAGCCAGACCUCUAAAAGCCGCAAUUUAUGAGCACAAUUACUGUCUCAUGUUGUUAAAAGCUAAUACCUAUUGAUGAUUUGACAAUUCCAUAGGGUAGGCACAUGUACUGAGAUACAGAUGCAGGACA